AGAAAAGUUCUAUUCUUGCAUAUUUAAUUCCUUUCUUACUUUUACAGGAAGCAAUAUUAAUAUAAUAGAUAUUCAUUUACAUCUAAUCACAGGUCCACAGUGAACCAUCAACUUCAAAACUUACCUAAUUUAUUCUUUGACUGUGAAAAUACUGAACAUAAAACAAUUUGUCUUGCCGUGAGAUAAUGGUUGCCAUCACGGACAUAUUUGGUCGGAAGCCCCACAAUGAGUCUCAAGGCAGUGCCAGUGAGAUCUUUACUGAGACCCUCCCUCUUACUCCAUCUGCUAGUGAUUGCCUGAGUGUUAGUGGUGACAGCACUCCAGGCUCACUAGUGGCUGUUCCUGUUUGCCCCAUACGACGCAACCCAAAUCUACUUCUUGAGCGUCUUGAGAAAUGCUCUUCACACAAGUGCUUUCUUGGCCGCCGCAAGAGGAGGAAAGCUCAGAAUGAAGCAGCACUGGCUGUGCUAGUGGAGGGCUAUGAAGAGGAGUCUCACCUCUUUGUCAAGCCCUACCGCUCACCUUUUAUGCAACUUCUUGAAUGCCCGUCCAAGAUGAUGGUGUGGCAGAACUUCAUCAACCUGAGUGAGGAGGAGCAGGCAAAGUAUCUGUCAGGGCCUCGCCAGCGCUCGCAGCUCUUUGACUGGACCAAGCCUGAGGCUGCUUCAGAGCCUCCUUCCGUUGAUGCAGCCCCUGCCGGAGAUUCAACUCCCGCAGAUGGACGCUCUGUUCAUCCCGCUGCGCUUCCUUCUGAUAUUCCAACGUUGGGGUCUCUGGUGGAACAGUGCGUAUCUAAACUCAUAGUCUCUGACCCUGAGCUGGGAAAAGGUCUUCAUGACAAUUAUUUUGCAUCACCGCCGCGCCACAACGACCUGCCCUUUGCUGCAGCUGCUGCUGUCACGGCCAUAGGCGAACUACCUGGCAGCGUAGCUGGUAAAGUGAUUGCACUGGAGCCAAGCCUCAGUAGCCAAUACGGCUCGAGGUAUCCUGCGAGCAAUACUUCUCCUCUGCCCUGUGAAGACGAGAAAGUUUUUUCUCACUGCACUCGUAAUAAAUGUAGUGGUGCCAGAAGUGUAGACUCUUCUACUCUUAGCCCUAGUUCAUGCGAAUUCCAACCAAUACAACCUUUGACCAACGAUGAAAUGGCUGAUGACGUGAGAGGAUCGGAAUGCAUGCGCCUUCUCAGUGAUGCCCUCGGUGACGAGGCUCUAGAUUCUGAAACCUCCUGCAGUUCUUCUUUUGAGAUCCUCGAACCUGAAGACACUCUGACAGAGUAUUGAGUUAAGAUCUUUAAAUCCUUCUUCAGCCCACCAAAAUGCCUGUGGUUCUCCAUCCAGUUUAUAUUUAGAGCUCUGCUGCCGAACUGCAAUUUAUUUUACAAUUUAAAAAGCGGAAAUUUAUUACAAUUCUCGAGAUGCUUGACGAUGAGAGAUCUUCAGAUGUAAGGCAAGUAGGCAGUAAGGGUUCAUGCCUUCAUGUAAGGCAGUGAUCAGAAGGCAUGGCAAUGGUAAUCUAAAUUCAGGCCAAAUUACAUGGUUAAUAAGGUUUAAUCGGACUUUGUUUAAUCAUUUCUAAUUUCACAGACUUGCUUACUUUAAAGAAUUUCUCCAGUUAUUAAUGGGUCAAGCGAAAUUGGAAUUUUUUUUACUCUGCAGUGCUCUAUUGUGUACCACACCCUUUUAACUGCGUGCAAUUCUCGUGUUGUUUGCUCAUCAUAAAGUUUAAUUAACAGAAUACUCAAAUUAUAUUAUUUCAAUUGGCAUUGUUAUAUUUUAUAUUAAAAAGAAUUACAUAAAGAAAUUAAUAGUGAGGUAUCUGUACAGUUGGUAUCUCUCAUGCUUCUCAACACGAGUUCAGGUGCCUUCAUCAGGUGAACGCUGUGUCACCCGCCAGUCACUGCAGUUUACAGAAAGACAUAACCCUUCAAUUCUUAGUGCAUAAUUAUUUUAUCUUGUAUUGUUGUAAUAAUUUUUUAGUCCGCUACAAGUCUUCAUAUUUAUUGGCCCACCUGGAGCAAAAAUUACUGUUGCCAGUGGCACAGGCUGUUCAGUGCUCUGCGUGUGAAACUGCCGCUGCAGUGCAUGUUGCCAGAUCUUCGUCUAAAUUAUUUCACCUCUAAGAGAUUUUCGUCCCAUGGUCCGAAUUUCUUUGAUGCUCGAUUGUUUUUCUAGUGAAAUAUCAACGUACAAAGUAUAAUUUGACUAGAAUUAAACUAUUUUACCUAUUGCAAAUAUUUUCUUGAUAUAGACAAUAGUUUAAAAUAAGCAAUAUUGUGGUGGCAGUUUGUUCAUCAUUGCUAAGUGUGAAUUUAGUUAUAACUUUUAAUUAUAAAGCUAAAAUGAUU